AAAAAUACGUGGAAUCAAAUAUGAAUGAAUAUGAAACAUAUAGACAAUGGAACCCAAUAUUCUAUCAUACCGACGUGUCCAAGGGUGCAGCUGAAUGCUGGAAGAAGUCAUUACGUCAGCUCGAUCAGCAAAUCAACGUCCCUAGCAAUGACGGGGAUACGAUGGAUGCCCGGAGGAGGCCACGUCAUCGCACCUCUGGGACCCCUAACGUCAUGAAAGGCGCAGGCAGCCCCAGCCCCACCAGGGAUGUCACCAGCCUUGACUACUGGAGGAGGGUGCGCUCCCUCUCCCGAGAAACUCGCCAGCGUCAGGAGGCACGAGACCGUCAGAUGCAGAAGCAAGAACUUGAGGAACGGCGGCGGCGGGAACAGAUUCUCAGUGAGCGGAAGAAGGAAAAAGACACCUUGAUGAUCAAAUUCCUGAGGGAGCCCCUCCGUCAACGUCGAGCUGCCAAGGCUGCCAAGACGACCGCUGGGAAAAACAGUGAAGACAGCAUGAGAGGAGGGAGAAGAGGAGGAGGAGCAGGUGCUCGAGACGAGGGGGGAGGAACAGGAGGAGAUGUACGGACGAGCCAGUCAGUGCCAGACCUGGAGGAAGCAUUGCGGAUUGUGCGAGGAGAGGACCGUGUUCUUGAUGCUCGAGCACGAGCCUUUUUAAGUCCAUAUCAGCGGCGUCGAGCCCCCAGGGAGGAACAGGUGGUCUGCGACAGGUUCCUACGCACACAUUCCCGGCCGCCAUCCCAGUACCACUCCCCAGGACCUCCCCCCCGACGUGUCCCUGCACCACCUACACGACCCUUUCCUCCGGGCUCUACUGAUGACAUCAUCCGCGAAAACCAGAAGCCCUACCCAACAUGGCCUCCUGAAGAGCUAGAGGCAAGAACCCGGCAGCUGAGGAGCAAGAAUGUUGGAGAGUCGGGCUACAAGAUGGGCACCACCCAAGUUCUCAGUGACACUUUCAGUAUUACCUCAGAAGAAAGAGACACAGAGAGUUUGCUGGCCGACUACCGCCCUCCCUUAGAUAGUCAUAUCAUGGUACUUCCUCGACCCAAGUUAGAUCGUCGCAGCUCCAUGCCAGAUCUACGAGACUUUCGCUGUGUUAGUUCCGCAGUGGUUUACGAGACAAUAGCUACUCUGGGGACCCUUGGGGACGCGCGGGGCUUGCUAGUAGUGCCACCGCGGAGUCAUCAAGACGACACUAAGGCCACCACUAAUACCACUGUCACUCCACCACACAUACAUGAAGCAAACAAGGCUGGAGAAAAAAUGCAGAAAAAUUCCAAAAAAUGGGCUCAAAAGAUGAACCGAUUCAUAGAAAGUGAAACCCAAGCAGUACUUCGUGCUAGCCCGCUGUUAGGAGCUCUGCCGACCUCAGUGGGAAGGCCGGACUCACAAAAGGGGCGACGGUCGCAAAGGAAAGAAUGGGUAUCAAAACAUAUGUCGAUGAAGACACUGCAAAAGAAAAUUCUUCCAACAGCUUUAACCGAUUCUUCAUCACAGACUGAAAGUAUGGACAGUAUUCGACACACUAGCCUAGUCCAUCGUCGACGAAACUCUCUAGGGAGUGAAGGCGCUGAGUCAGUCUAUUACGACAGCCUGGAGGAGGACGAGAGCAAGAACAUCACACAACGCUCGGCUAAUCAGGCUUUUUAUGUACCAAUAAAGAACGUGACAUCUGACCUGGAUGUGUGUCCUACACUGCCGGCGAGGCUCACGGCCCGCAUGGAGAAACGAAGAGCUGCUUCCCGGCGACAACCACUCCCUGACACCACCUCAAGCCUUGCUCUCACUGGGAAGCGAAUAAAUGAUGUCCUCCUCGAUGAGGUAAAACUUGCGCACACAAUUGCCAGAGAAGAAAGCAGAAGUGAUCAGGAAAUAUCAAGUAGUUCACAGAAAAAUAAUCUGAAUGAAAAUGCUCAUAUUACAAGCGAUUCCGAUAUUUUGGACAGUCUAGAAGCUGUGGACAUAAAGAAUACACCCUUGCUGGUUUACUCUUCAGAAUGCACAGAAACUUCUUAUUCUGACAUUUUGCAAUUAUCUUCCCCGAAAGCAGCUAAUCAUACUGGCUCUUCCAACACUUCAAUAAAUAGACAAACAUCCAAAGGAAACGCAGUUACGAGUCUAAUUCAAGAUAGGAUACACAGCAACCCAACCUGCUCCCCGCACUACUCUGAUACCUACACUUCAAUGUCUGGAGAGUCGACCCCCGCCUCCAACUCCACAGAUGAUCAAACUUCCAGAAGGAAUAUUGCAGUGAAAGAAUACAGCCCCAGGCAGGUAGAGAUGAAUCUUAUGAAUGACGCAAAGGAUGAGUCAGUGACGGAGCCUCGCUUGCCUGUGAACAUUCGGUCCUCUACAGAAAAAAAGGAGGUAGUGAGUAGGCGUGAUGAUAGUGGUGCAACGAUGACCUCUGAGGCCACAGAUCGAAUAAUGUCAAAUCUUUCACUAAGCAAUAAUAUAAUAAAUGUUCAACAGACACAAAAGAAUGAUGGUGCAUUUACGGAGAUGAACGAAAAAUCUGGGCAUGUUAACCCUGAACAAGCUGGACCAGAUGAUGAUGACUACGACACAGACACUUUUCAGUCUUUCUCGAAAACAAACGAUAAAAGUGAUAGUAACCGUUCCGAAAUCAUACGUACUAUCGAAAGUGGUAAUUUUUCUGACAAGAACUGGUCGCAAAGUGAUGUGGACGUUAUCGAUAAUUCCUCCAUCGUAGAGGAGAAUGAUAUUAUCAGUGUGAGUGAUGGCGUGGGGGAGAUCAGUGAAAACUUAAUUACGGAAAAUAAUGAGAUUUCUGAUGAUGAGUUUCUCCAGACUCCUGAGGAAGUAAAGGAGGAGAGUUGUGUUGACAAGACCCAGGAACAGUACGAGAUUAUCGGCUACACUGCUAGUGGGAAGGAGGUGCUGCUGGAGAGUGGCUUCAUCGACAUAGAUGACCCCAGUUUUUCUUCGGACUCUCUCAGUAUUGGUUGUGAUCAAGAUAAACAGACUGCAUUACCGACGACUGAAAGUAAAGCACUAAUCAAAGAUGUGAUGCAGAAAAGUAUUGAUAUUAUUACAAAAACACAAAGUGUUUGUAAUGUUCAAGUUUGUAAUGGUAGAGAGGUGUUAUUGAACUCCCCAAAAUACUCAAAUUCACAAGGAUCAAACAUGGCAGAAAUGCAGGACUUUGGGGACGAGCCACAAAAUGAAGACGUUGGUAUUACAAAUGGUAAUAGUGAAACAAUUUCAAGAGAAGGAAUGAGAAAAGACAAAUGCAUGCAAAAGAAGGAUAAACAAAAAAACAAAUCCAUUGAAGAGGAUGAGGAAUGCCAAUCGAUGUGUAGCAGAAGUAAACAAGAAGCUAUAUAUAACUUCGAUGGAGAGGAUAGCGAUAAUUCUCACGUUGAAGAUGCAGGUCAUGGGAGCGGCGCCGACACUACUGUCAGUGCAACAACAGAUCCACUUCAUCCAGACAGCGUUAAAGGCUCGAGGGAAUCAACAAAAUCUGAGACCGAAGUCAUUAAACACGAGAUGUUGUCUCUUACUACAGAGCGAAGAGACGUACAGAUACUGACCCCAAGAACAGAGCGAAGAGACGUACAGAUACUGACCCCUAGAACUGACCUGGGAGACGUACAGGUACUGACCCCUAGAACAGACCUGGGAGACGUACAGGUACUGACCCCUAGAACAGACCUGGGAGAAGAACAGGUACUGACCCCUAGAACAGACCUGGGAGAAGAACAGGUACUGACCCCUAGAACAGACCUGGGAGACGUACAGGUACUGACCCCUAGAACAGACCUGGGAGAAGAACAGGUACUAACCCUUAGAACAUACCUGGGAGAAGAACAGGUACUAACCCCUAGAAUAGACCUGGGAGAAGAACAGGUAACCCCAAGAACAGACCUGGGAGAAGAACAGGUACUGACCCCUAGAACAGACCUGGGAGAAGAACAGAUACUGACUCCUAGAACAGACCUGGGAGAAGAACAGGUACUGACUCCUAGAACAGACCUGGGAGAAGACCAGGUGAUAACCCCUAGAACAGACCUGGGAGAAGUACAGGUACUGACUCCUAGAACAGACCUGGGAGAAGAACAGGUACUGACUCCUAGAACACACCUGGGAGAAGAACAAGUACUGACCCCUAGAACAGACCUGGGAGAAGUACAGGUACUGACCCCUAGAACAGACCUGGGAGAAGUACAGGUACUGACCCCUAGAACAGACCUGGGAGAAGUACAGGUACUGACUCCUAGAACAGACCUGGGAGAAGAACAGGUACUGACCCCUAGAACAGACCUGGGAGAAGAACAAGUACUGACCCCUAGAACAGACCUGGGAGAAGAACAGGAGAUAACCCCUAGAACAGACCUGGAAGACGUACAGGUACUGACCCCUAGAACAGACCUGGGAGAAGAACAGGUACUGACUCCUAGAACAAACCUGGGAGAAGAACAGGUGAUAACCCCUAGAACAGACCUGGGAGAACAGGUGCUGACUCCUAGAACAGACCUGGGAGAAGAACAGGUGCUAACCCAUAGAACAGACCUGGGAGAAGAACAGUUACUGACUCCUAGAACAGACCUGGGAGAAGAACAGGUACUGACUCCUAGAACAGACCUGAGAGAAGAACAGGUACUGACUCCUAGAACAGUACCUAGAAGGACUGAAGUAUUGAGCCCUACCAUACAGCCUAGAAGAAAGAAUACACUAAACCCUGGGGCAGAACCUAGGAUGGAGGAGCAGGUAUUGAACCUUGACAUGGGGACUUGGGAGGAACAAGUAUUGAACACUGGUAAAGAGUUAGUGGACGUAGAGAUACCAAACCUUGCAACAGGACCCAGCAUAGAGCAUAAGGAUGAGGAACACAUGCUGAGCUACUGCAUAGAGCUCAGAGAGGAGGAGCAACAGCUGAGUCCUGGCACGGAGGCGUCGGUAAAGGAACCAGAAGCAGAGGAACUGAGUGAUGGGACAGAUUCGUGGGACCGUGUGACUGUGAUCCGGGCACUCUCGGGUAGCAGCUCCGGCAGUAGAAACCUUACCCCAGACAUUGACACAGAAUUCAUUCUCACAGACAGCCCACAACACGAAGAAGGUGUUGAGGAACUAAAUGAAUUCGACGACACAUGUUUACAACAAAACAGAUCCCUAAGUCCCCAGGAGACCUCUGCAAAAACCUCUCUACCAGAUCAUAAUCCAGAUUUGCUGGAGGAAAUCUUCCGCGUCAUCACAACGGAUGACGGUAAACAGACACCAGUAGAUGAGACCAACUCAGGACUCUCCACCAUAGACGAAGAUGAGGAGCCAACCGAAGUAGCAGCACUCCUGCAGCAGGAACAGGUGACUCUAAUGGCAGACAAUGCAGCAGAAGUUCUCCAUGACUGGGUGGUGGACAGAGAAAAUAGCUUUGCGGAACUGAAAACUGAUAAUGCAGAUGUGAACAAAGGAACAAAAUUUGGACAGGUAGAAAAUUGUAAAAGUUCUACAGUAACGGAAGACGGUGAGAGUUGUGUGUUGGCCAAAGAAGAUAGGGAUAAGAGACAGAAGGAUACUGUUGCUGUAGAUGGCUGUAAUGGUAACACACUGGUAGAGGAAGACAAGAAUAAUGUUGUGGACAAAGAAACUGAGAGUAUUAAUAUGAUGGAAGGAGGUGAAGCUUAUGUUGUCGCUGAACAAGGUGAAGCUUCUGUUGUCACUGAACAAGAUGAAGCUUCUGUUGACACUGAACAAGGUGAAGGUUCUAUUGUCGCUGAACAAGAUGACGCUUUUAUUGUCGCUGAACAAGGUGAAGCUUCUGUUGCCACUGAACAAGAUGAAGCUUCUGUUGUCACUGAACAAGGAGAAGCUUCUAUUGUCACUGAACAAGAUGACGCUUUUAUUGUCGCUGAACAAGGUGAAGCUUCUGUUGUCACUGAACAAGAUGAAGCUUCUGUUGUCACUGAACAAGGUGAAGCUUCUAUUGUCACUGAACAAGAUGACGCUUUUAUUGUCGCUGAACAAGGUGAAGCUUCUGUUGUCACUGAACAAGGAGCUGGGGGUUCUAUUGUGCUAGAGGAAGUUGAGGAUCCUAUUGUGGUAGAAGAAGGUGAGGAAUUUAUUGUGGUAGAGGAAGCUGAGGAUUCUAUUGUGGUAGAGAGAACUGAGGAUUCUAUUGUGGUAGAGGAAGAUGAGGAUUCUAUUGUGGUAGAGGGAGCUGAAGAUUCUGUUGUGGUAGAGGGAGUUGCGGAUUCUGUUGUGGUAGAGGAUGCUGAGGAUUUUAUUGUGGGAGAGGGAGCUGAGGAUUCUAUUGUGGUAGAGGAAGCUGGGGGUCCUAUUGUGGUAGAAGGUGAGGAUUCUAGUGUGGUAGAGGUAGCUGAGGAUUCUAUUGUGGUAGAGGGAGGUGAGGAUUCUAUUGUGGUAGAGGGAGCAGAGGAUUCUAUUGUGGUAGAAGGUGAGGAUUCUGUUGUGAUAGAGGAAGCUGAGGAUUCUAUUGUGGUAGAAGGUGAGGAUUCUGUUGUGUUAGAGGAAGCUGAGGAUUCUAUUGUGGUAGAGGAAGAUGAGGAUUCUAUUGUGGUAGAGGGAGCUGAAGAUUCUGUUGUGGUAGAGGGAACUGGGGGUUCUAUUGUGGUAGAGGGUGCUGAGGAUUCUAUUGUGGUAGAGGAAGCUGGGGGUUCUAUUGUGGUAGAAGGUGAGGAUUAUAGUGUGGUAGAGGUAGCUGAGGAUUCUAUUGUGGUAGAGGGAGCUGGGAAUUCUAUUGUGGUAGAAGGUGAGGAUUCUGUUGUGAUAGAGGAAGCUGAGGAUUCUAUUGUGGUAGAAGGUGAGGAUUCUAUUGUGAUAGAGGGAGCUGAGGAUUCUAUUGUGGUAGAAGGUGAGGAUUCUAUUGUGAUAGAGGUAGCUGAGGAUUCUAUUGUGGUAGAAGGUGAGGAUUCUAUUGUGAUAGAGGGAGCUGAGGAUUCUAUUGUGGUAGAAGGUGAGGAUUCUAUUGUGGUGGAGGUAGCUGAGGAUUCUAUUAUGGUAGAGGGAGCUGAGGAUUCUAUUGUGGUAGCAGGUGAGGAUUCUAUUGUGGUGGAAGUAGCUGAGGAUUCUAUUAUGGUAAAGGGAGCUGAGGAUUCUAUUGUGGUAGAGGGAGCUGAGGAUUCUAUUCUGAGGAUUCUAGAGGGAGCUGAGGAUUCUAUUGUGGUAGAGGGAGCUGAGGAUUCUAUUCAGGUAGAGGGAGCUGAGGAUUCUAUUGUGGUAGAAGGUGAGGAUUCUAUUGUGAUAGAGGAAGCUGAGGAUUCUAUUGUGAUAGAGGUAGCUGAGGAUUCUAUUGUGGUAGAGGGAGCUGAGGAUUCUAUUGUGGUAGAAGGUGUGGAUUCUUUUGUGAUAGAGGAAGCUGAGGAUUCUAUUGUGGUAGAGGAACCUGAGGAUUCUGUUGUGGUAGAAGAAGAUGAGGAUUCUAUUGUGGUAGAAGGAGCUGAGGAUUCUAUUGUGGUAGAGGGAGCUGAAGAUUCUAUUGUGGUAGAGGAAGCUGAGGAUUCUAUUGUGGUAGAUGGAGCUGAGGAUUCUGUUGUGGUAGAGGAAGCUGAAGAUUCUAUUGUGGUAGAGGGAGCUGAGGAUUCUAUUGUGGUAGAGGUAGCUGAGGAUUCUAUUGUGAUAGAGGGAGCUGAGGAUUCUAUUGUGGUAGAGGGAGCUGAAGAUUAUGUUGUGGUAGAGGGAGCUGAGGAUUCUAUUGUGGUAGAGGGAGCUGAGGAUUCUGUUGUGGUAGAGGGAACUGAGGAUUCUGUUGUGGUAGAGGGAGCUGAAGAUUCUGUUGUGAGGGAGCUGAGGAUUCUGUUGUGGUAG